CCAGGCUUUGAGGAAAGAGCUCUGCGCUGACAGCAAAGGGGGGUAGCUCCCGUCGUCUUCCACUCGCACGUGAGCUCGCGAUCGUCAUUCAUCCAAUCAAUCGCACCGAAUUCGAAGUGAAGUUCAAUUGCGGUCUACGUCGGGGCUCCAGAACACAGAUAUGCUGCUCGUUAGGCUCGGUGGCCGCAGGGCUUUGUCUCUGGCGCAAUGCGGCCGCGUGCAAAACAGCUUCUGUCCUAGCAGCAGCAAUCGUCUUCUCCAUGCGUUGCCGUCACCGGCAAGGCAUCGCCCGACGUUGAAGCUUGGUGCGAGUGCCAUUCUCAACCACCCACCUCAGCGCCAAACCCGACCCCGGCUCGUCGCUCCCUAUGUUUCGCAGAGUGAUGGUAAACCACCCAGCACGACGAGCAAGAUCGUCGCGAAGCUCCCCAGUUUACCACCGACUCUCCGCGAAGACAUCCGCACCCUCCCGAACCUGCUGACGCUCUCGCGCCUCGUGGCCGCGCCGUUUGUGGGCUACUUUAUUCUCCACGACCAACAUGCCUGGGCCUUGGGCCUGUUCGCGUACGCCGGCGUGACGGAUUUGCUGGACGGGUGGAUCGCGAGGCGGUGGAAGCAACAGACUGUCGUCGGGACUGUGAUUGAUCCGAUGGCGGAUAAGAUGUUGAUGACCAUUCUUACUGUGUGCCUCGCCGCCCAGGGGUCUCUUCCGGUGUGGCUCGCAACAAUCAUCCUAGGCCGCGACGUAGGCCUCGCCAUCUCCGCCAUCUACUACCGCUGGAUCUCCCUCCCGCCGCCAAAGACCUUUGCGCGGUACUGGGACUUUUCCCUGCCUUCGGCCGAAGUUCACCCCACGACCAUCAGCAAAUACAACACGUUCCUCCAACUCGUCCUCAUCGGCCUGACGACGGCCGCGCCGGUGUUCAGCUAUGACUUGUCGACACCCUUGACAGCCAUGCAAUAUAUCGUUGCCACUACCACUAUUUGGAGCGGCGCAAGCUACAUUUACACCAAGGAUGCGGUCAAGAUUCUUGCGCCGCCCAAGACUCCGCCUCCCAAGACUCCGCCUCCCAAGGUAUAAUCGAUUUGACAGAGCUCUCUACCUUUCAUCAGUGGCAGCCAACUCUCCGCAUCAUCGCAGAGCUUGUGACUGCUCAGACACUUGAAGCUCGCUCUGGUCAUCUGUUGAGAUCCAACCGCCAAUGAUCAAGUUACGUAACCGUAGCCUCGUGGGGAGUCGAGAUGUAGUUCAUCCAUCAGGUGUGGCGCAUCAGUGUACGUAACAAAAC